AUGGCCGCCCUUUUUCGCCACACACUCCUGGACGAAGAUGACUUUCCUAUGGAAAACGUCAACUUCGUCCUGGAGCAGUAUGAGCUCGUUCGUGAGGAAGAGGCAUCAGGAAUUGUUGAAAGGGAGGGUUAUGUGGGUUUCGGGCAGGGAGUCUGGCAGGAGGAUCUCCCACUCCUCUUCCUGCUCCAGCUAUAUUGGCUGGAGCCGUGCAUCGAGCUCGACGACUUCGCUGCCUUGUACGGACUCUCCUAUGAUCAGGGACCACCUCCGGCGCCACCGCCAGCUCCGGCUGGUCGGUGGGCCGAUGACCCCGAAAUGGUCGAGGAAUCGGCAUGUCAUGUUCCACCCUCUUUCCUGUUUGCUUUUCACUGUUGGCUCAAGAUCCCUGGACAUUGGCUGCCCCAGAAACGUCAACUUCGUCCUGGUGAGUUCUUGACAUCUGGCUCUUUACGAGCUCAUUCGGAGGAAGAGGCAUCAGGAACUGAGAGGGACGGGCAGGGAGUCUGGCAGGAGGAUCUCGCACUCCUCUUCCUGCUCCAGCUAUACUGGCUGGAGCCAUGCGUCGAGCUGCACGACGUCGCUGCCUUGUACAGACUCUCCUAUGCGCCCUUGCGAGGAAAGCAUUACUUAAGGAACGAGGAUCAGGUGCCACCUCUGGCGCCACCGCCAGCUCCGGCUGGUCGGUGGGCCGAUGACCCGGAGAUGGCUGAGGAUGAAACCCAGGAACAUCAGGACUCUGAGAACACUGGUCCUAACCAUCCUCCCGCAGAAGCGACAGAACCUGCCAAUCCUGACGUAGGGCUUCCUGACUAUGACGGUGAUGAUGAGCGACCAUAUCAACUUUGCAGAACCGUGAGCAUGGUGUGGGCAGUUGCGAAAGAGGCGCGCAGGUGCAUUGCAGAACCAAAGCGGCCAGAGAGGUGGCAGGCAGGUGCGAAACAGGCGGGAAGGUUGGAUACGGUGGCGGGCAGGUGGUGGGAGUGGAAGGCGUCCGGGGAUCGGAGGCGCUACGCCGUCCAGGAAGAGGCAUCAGGAACUGAGAGGGACGGGCAGGGAGUCUGGCAGGAGGAUCUCGCACUCCUCUUCCUGCUCCAGCUAUACUGGCUGGAGCCAUGCAUCGAGCUGGACGACGUUGCUGCCUUGUACAGACUCUCCUAUGAUCAGGUGCCGCCACCGGCGCCAUGGCCAGCUCCGGCUGGUCGGUGGGCCGAUGACCCCGAACUGGUCGAGGAUCCCUGGCAAUUGGGUGCACCACAAGAUCACGUGUGGUUCUCAGAAUGUAUCGAGAAGGCAGAAAGGAUUGUGAUCGAAAGGAUUGUGAUCGAUGGCGUUUCCCGGUGUGGCGGCUGGGCACGGUCUUUUGCAGUGGCGGAAACGUGCUGCCGAUUGUCGACCAAGGGACGGAAAAACAUCGAGGUAGAACGGCUGCACGUGGCCUCCAGCACUGCUGGAUUGGUGGAAGGUCACGGCAGGGAUCAUCCGAAGAACUCCUCGCUACGCUCCAUGCGCUGUGUGGCCUUGCUGAUUCUUUGGUGCUUCGAGGUGUUGGCCGUGGCCCAUGAUGUUCCGAUCACCUUGGGUGCGCUGGGUGCGUGGACUGCCUUCGAACCCGAUCUGCUGAUCGCGUUGGUGGCGGCCAAUUUGGAUUUCCGUAGAAACUUCGAGGCGCCUGUCCGAGACAGGUUUGGACCUCCGAUUGUGAACCUGGGUGAUAUCCAUGCGAACCUCACCACAGUUGGUUUAUGGAUUGGGACGACCCAUGCGCAGAGAACGGUCGGAAUUUCCACUGCGAUUGAAAUGAUGCUGGGUCUCAAUGGUUUUUUACCGGUGGCUGGACUCAUUGGGGCGAGCACCUCAUCCGUGAGCACGCCCAUUGCUUCGGUGGCGGCCGCUCAAGGCGUGCCGCAGAUCUCGUUCUCAGCCACCAGUGCGGCAUUAUCCAACAAGGCCUCGUAUCCCUUCUUCCUGCGAACCUUGCCACCGGACAACCUGCAAGCCAAAGCACUCUGGCAAUGGAUCGAAGAGUUUCAGGUGCCAAGAGCGACUGCGAUUUAUAGCACAGAGAGUUACGGAGAAGAGAUGUGGGAGAGCAUUAGGGUCUUGCAACAACAAGCUGGGAAGCCCGAUUUACUUGAAGGUCAGCCGCUGCAGUACAUGGAUGCCUUUGAUCAACAGGAGGCCACGCGGGUUGCGCGGGAGGUGAAACGAGAGGGACCCCGAGUCCUACUGCUUUUUCUCAGCCAAAGUAUGCUGAAGGACUUUGUGAACAUCAUGGCAUUGGAGGGCAUGUUGGGACCCAGCUGGCAAGUGAUUUGCUCUGACAGUUGCAAUUCCAUGGCACGUUUGAACGGAGUGCUGCCAGCUGGUUUCAUGUACUUCGAUUUCGUGGGACGAGGAGCACUCUACCCAAAGUUGGAGGAGCUAUGGAAAGAACUGGAACUGGAUGACAUUGUGGGUGCAGAAGCUGUGGCGAGAUAUCACCUAGAUGGGAUGAAAGCUCCCUUGAACAAUACCUUGGUGGAGGAAGUCCUGAGACGCACUACUUCCGAGGGCAGCAGCAUGAUCUCCACCUAUGGCGCCUUUGCCUUUGAUGCUUACUAUGCCUUUCUCUUCGCCAUCAACGCCUUGCUACACCAAGGCCUUUCUCCCUCGGCCAUCCGAGGCGAGCUUUUGCUCCAUCAACUCAGCCAAACAAACUUCACGGGGGUAUCAGGGGAGGUGAGCUUCGAUGAAAAUCUUGAUCGCAUGUCAUCCUAUGAGCUCUGGAACGUGCAGGUCGCUUCGCUGUCCCCGCGGGUGGUGGCAGAAUUUGCGCUGGCCACGGGGACAUUUCGCUUUCGCGCCGAUGAGAACCAGUCAUCAACCAGUUGCAGUCCCUGUCCCCCUGGAUCCAUUGCUGCCGACAUUGCUGCCAGCGAAUGUCGCUUAUGUAGUCCUGGCUUUGUGGCGAAUCGUUCUGGCUUGGAUAGCUGUGAAAGGUGUCCAGUGGGGAAGUACAUGAACCUCCGAGGAGGAGAGCAAUGCUUCGACUGCGGCCAGAACCAAAUCACUGAAUCCACUGGUGCGCAAUCGGAAUCUGAGUGCAGAUGUGAAGUUGGUUCCUUCAUGUGUGUGGCAAUGGGCUGCAUCCCCUGCCCUGCUGGUUUGAGAUGCAGCGGCCAAGGAGAACCAGAGCAGAGUGAGGGAUACUGGACCCCAACCGUGGAUGAGCCGCAAUGUGACUUCCCAGUUCUGCGAUGCCGCAACAAGCGCGAAUGCCCGGGCGGGGCCAAGGGACGAUGUGCGAUGGGACGCGAAGGUUUGGCGUGUAACAACUGCAUGGCAAACCACUAUCCCUACGAUGGAAAUUGUGUUCCCUGCGGCGAACGGGACGUUCUACCCACGCUGCUCUUCUUCGCAGGGGCUGCAGCUUUGAUGGCGGUGUCCAGCUGGUCCAAGGUGGAGAGCCUGAACUGGCUGACGGCGGCCGCGGUCACCAGCCAGGUGAUUAUGGCGGUGCAAGCCUUGGGCUCGAUCCGUGAACUGGCGCUGGAAUGGCCUUAUCCAGUGAGGCGUCUCAUUGACUUGACCCGGCUUCUGACCUUCAAUUUCGAUAUCAUCCGGGUUGGAUGCAUCUAUGGGAGCGAUAGCCCAGUGUUGAAGUUCAUCAGCCAACUGCUGGUGUGCCCCAUUGGCUGUGGCUGCUUUUUCCUCAUUGGCUGUGUGAGCAGCCGGCUGCAGCAUCCCGUGCCGCUGGACACCAGCAUCAGCCGCUGUGGAAUGUUGCUCUUCGCCUUUUUCCUGUCCAUCACAUUGCGGAAUUUGAUGCCGUUUCAAUGUGUUCCGAAUCCUGAUGGCAGCUCUUCGAUGGUUUCGCAACCUGGAAUUAUUUGCUAUGACUCCGAUGAGCACGUGUUGCUCAUGGUGCUGGCCAUGGUGGGGUUGCUGCAGCCUUUCCUGGUGCUCUGCUGGGCGACCUACGCCACGGUGACCUUUCCUUCGCGCAUCGCCAGUGGCCGGGGUCUGCGCCUGGUGCAUCGCUAUCGCUUCCUGUUCCAUCGCUUCAAACCGGACUGUUUCUAUUACGGCCUCUUCUUGUUGUACCGCAAUGGCCUCAUCGCCUUGUUGCCCGUUCUCUUGGUGAAGUUACCAGAGGUGCAGGUGCCCUUCAUGGGAAUGGUGCUCUUGAUCUCCAUGGCGUUGCAAAGCCGGAAGUAUCCCUGGCGAAGCACAGAAGCCAACUACAUUGAACUACUUCUCACGGGCUUUCUGUUGGUGAUCUUAUUGGGCGCCGCACCGCUGCUGGAGAUCAACAUCGACACAUCAUCUGAAGCUUUGGGCUGGCUGCUUUGUGUACCGGUGGUGGGCCUGGUGGUGCCUGGUUUUUUGGCUCUUGGAAUGCCUAUUUGGUCCCAUUUGAAACCCAAGCAACGUUUUGGCAUUUUUCUUUGUCAUCACAAGGCUGGAGCUGGUUCCCUGUGCCGACUGAUGAAGAUCUUUUUGUCCAGGCAUAGCAAGGCCAAAGUCUUCUUGGACUGCGAUCAGCUGGAAAAUCUGGACUUUCUCUUUGACGUUGUGCGCUCCUCCAGCCGUUCGGUGGUGGUGGUUCUAACCCCUGAGCUGUUGAAGCGCGUCUGGUGCGCCGGGGAAAUUGCCACGGCGUUUAAGAGCAAGAUCACCACCGUACCAUUGCUUUGCGAUGGAUUUCGUCCGAUGGACGAAAGCUUGGAGGUCUUGGCCGGUUAUUGGGACCCAGAGCAGAUGCAGAUGCUGGCGAACUACGGCAUUUCCUUGCAGGACGUACAUCAGGCGUAUCGCUGGAUGCAACAGGAGCUGAGUCCCCUGCGAAUGCCCAGGUUCGGGCGAGUCUGGCGUCGCGAAGCCGUGGUGGUGGACCUGUUGCACCGUGUGGAGUUACCGAGCUCUUCCACCUCGGCACAGAUUGUGGCCGGCAGGAAAGCACUACAAUCCCAACGGCGCCCGCAUUUUGAUCACCAGCUGCGUCACCGAUGCGGAGGCGCUUUCUGCGUGCGAAGUCUUUCAAUGUCUGCUGCAAAGUCACUUGCAGGU